GAGCAGCUGGUCUGGGUUCAGUCUGUCGCAACGUUUUCUUCUCUUCUUUGUUUCCCAUGAAAGGUUCUGAUGGACCCACUGUGGACGGCCUAAUCCGGAUCAAACCCGGAUCAAAGAGAGUGAGCUGCAGGACCCGGAGCGGAUCAGGACUCUGCUUCAGGUCUGGUUUCUGGGGCUGAUCAGAAUCCGGAUCAUGGGUCGGUAGGACGGGAGAACUUUCUGGAAACUUUGACCGUGUCCAUGGAGAUGUUGAGCGGUUGAUCCGGUAUCGGUCCCUGUAUUGAUCCGGUAUCGAUCCGGUAUCGAUCCCUGUAUCGAUCCGGUAUCGAUCCCUGUAUUGAUCCGGUAUCGAUCCCGAGAUGGCCGCGUCGCUCCUGCUGCUCCUCGCGCUCUGGACCAGCGCAGGAGCCAAGAGCGCGUUCCCGCAGAGACCCUCCUACAGCCUCUACACCAACGGGAACGCGCACGGAGCUCGCGCCGCCAGCAGACACAGGAACUGGUGUGCGUUUGUGGUGACGAGGUCGGUGAGCUGUGUGGUCGAGGACGGAGUGGAAGCCUACGUGAAGCCUGAUUAUCAUCCCUGCAGCUGGGGGAGCGGACAGUGCAGCAGGGUGGUGGUAUACCGGACCUACAUGAGGCCGCGGUACAAAGUGGCCCACAAGAUGGUGACGCAGAUGGAGUGGAAGUGUUGCCACGGCUACAGUGGAGAGGACUGCAAUGGAGGUCCAGUCGGAGGGGCAGGAACCCAGAUUUCUACCACCAGAUCUCAGCCCAGACCGGGGGGACAGGGGGGAGGAGGUCAGGGAGGAGGCACGGGCUAUGGACAGGGGGGAGGAGGUCAUGGGGGAGGAGGCACGGGCUAUGGUCAGGGGGGAGGAGUUCAGAGGGGAGGAGGUCAGGGAGGAGGCAGUUCUGGAUCUGGACAGAGUGGAGGACACAGUGGACGAGUUGAGAACGAGAAGAUGAGGCAGCUGGAGGAGAAGAUCCAGAGUUUGACCAAAAACCUCCAGGACCUUCAAACCACCGUGAACGAACAAUUUCAACAGGAAGUCAACAAACCGGGCGUCAGUGGAGGAGGAGGAGGAGGAGAAGAUACCUCUUCAGGAGGAAGAAACCCUGCUGAUGCAGCUCAGCCGGAGAUUAAAGAGACGAUUCACAGCAUUCAGACUAAACUGGACCAGCUGGACAACCGCACACAGGCCCAUGAUAAGACCCUGGUCAGCAUCAACAACCACCUGGUGAAUGGGAAAGGGAACGACCUGGACGGAGGUCUGUCCGGAGGAGGACUGGGUGGAGGGAAGUUGAAUUCGUUGAAGGAGGAGAUCCUGAGGGAGUUGGAGAGGAGGGUGUCGCUAUCCUGCUCCUCCUGUCAGGCCGGUGUGGAGGAUCUACGCAGACAGCAGCAGGAGGACAGGGAGAGCAUCCGAGCUCUGGAGAAGCAGCUAAAUGCCAUGGACCUUCGGUAUCGGCAGGGCCUGGAUGGACUGCGACGGGAGGUGGUGCGCUCACAAGGAUGCUGUGCAACCGUCAAUGACCUCCAAAACCGCGUCACUGACGCUGAGCGCAAGAUCAGCUCAGCCUCAGAGAACUUUGACGUUCUGCAGAACCGUCUGGACAAGGAGUUCAGCGGAGGAGGCGGCAACAACGAGAACGGCGGCUUCCGAGGAGGAGGGUUCGGUGGUGGCGGUGGAAUCGGGGGACGUGGGAGGGAUGUUGUGGUGACGGAGGACCGACUGGACAAUCGUCUGAGGGAUCUGGAGCGGCAUAUCAACAACACCGUGCAGCGGACCGAGCAGAGCUGCUCAUACCUCGAGAACGACCUGAAGGACUACUUCCACAGAGAACUGGGGGACCUGAGGACAGUGUUCCUGGACCGGUUUGAUGACCAGGCCUUCAGGAUCGUAGACGUUGAGCUGGACGUAGGGCUGGUGAAGGACGGGGUGAGCGACCACGGCAAGAGGCUGUCGAAGCUGGAAAACAACACAUCGCUCAUCAGCCGGAGGCUGGAGGAGUGCAGCUGUGGAGGGUCUGAAGGAGGAGGAGGAGGAAGGGGUAGCGGUGACCGGGGAGAUACAGGAGGAAGGUGGGGAGCAGGUGGAGAUGGAGGAGGAUCUACAACAGGAGGAUCUGGAACAGGAGGAUCUACAACAGAAAGAGGAACUACCGGAGGAGGAUCCACUGGAGGAUCUGGAACAGGAGGAUCCACAGGAGGAUCCACAGGAGGAGGAUCUACAGGUAGAGAAUCUACAGGAGGAGCAUCUACUGGAAAAGGAUCUACAGGAGGAGGAUCUACAGGAGGAGCAUCUACGGGAAAAGGAUCUACAGGAGGAGGAUCUACAGGAGGAGGUGCAGACAAAGGGUUAUCUGGGUCGGGAGGACAAAAAGAAGGGACAACAGAAAAAUCCCUGGAGUGGAGAGUGGUCGCCAAUGAGGAUCAGAUUCGACACUUUAACACUCAACUCAAAGACAUGUCGGUGUCUGGAGACUCUCUGCUCGACAAGGUUGUGGACCUGAGCCAAGAUGUCCGUAAGAUCAAGGACCUGACCGGGGAUCAUGGCGAGCACUUUAACCGAAUCGUGACCGAGGUGGAGCUGCUGGGGCAGGACUGCGAGUUGUGCGGGAAGGUGGAGGACGAGCUGCAGAGGCUGAAGAAUCAUUCCCACCAUGCACUGGGGCGCAUGCAGAGCCACAUCAACAGACUCCAGAUAAGACUGGACUCUGGGAAAGAAGGCUGCUUCCACAUGUGUUCACAGCUGGAGGACAAUGUCCGCCUGCUACGAGACGACGUCAGGAGGUGCACCGGCCAAUGUAAGACCAGCCCGGACACGCCCACAGGUGGUGCUUCUGGUGGUUCUGGUGACACCGGUGGCCCCGGCGGACGAGGACCUGGCUUGGAUGCUGAGAAGCCUUUAGACGGCCACAGCGUGAUCGGAGGAUCCAUCAACAACAACCACCUGAAGACGCUGCAGGGCGAAUUGUCCGAGGUCAUCCUCACCUUCAGCUCCAUCAACGACACCCUGAAGGGGCUCGAACACACGGUGCAGAAACACGGCAGCGCCAUCACCGACCUCGGAAACACAAAGGAUAAGAUCAUCUCCGAGCUGGACAAGAUCCAGCAGGAGGUGACGGAGCACAUCGAGGACAGCCGCGACCGCCUGGACGCCACGGACGGGGACGUCCGGCGGUUCGAGAGCACGCUCCUGGUCGAGAUGGGGGACUGUAAGAGGUCUGGAGACGGGCUGGAGAAGAGGCUGUCGAAGCUGGAGGGAGUCUGUGGGAGGCUGGACGGGGUCUCCGACUCCAUCCUCAAGAUCAAAGAAGGUCUGAACCGACACGUGUCGGGUUUGUGGACCUGUGUUUCUGGUCUGAAUGAGUCGGUCGUCUAUCAUGGAGGAAUCAUGGACUCCAUUCAGAAGAACCAGGACGACGUCUACAGCAGGAUGAAGACUCUGAACUCCAGCCUGAACCAGGUCUUCAGAGACCUGCAGAGUUCCUCUGAGCACGACCGGACCGCCCUACCCGGACCCCCAGGACCCCCAGGACCCCCAGCCCUGCCCGGACCCCCAGGACCCCCAGCCCUGCCAGGACCCCCAGGACCCCCAGGAGAGAGAGGCUUCAACGGGCUGCCGGGACUCCCUGGGCGACAAGGGGAAGGUGGAGCCCGAGGUCAGCCUGGUCCCAAAGGUGAACCAGGUGUCUCCGGUGUCGACGCCCACGUGCCCAGACUUUCCUUCUCUGCUGCCCUCACUGUUCCCAUGGAGAGAGCUGGAACCAUCCUCUUUGACAAGGUCUUUGUCAAUGAAGGAGACUUUUACGAUCCGAGAACAGGUAUUUUCACCGCCCCCGUCGAUGGACGUUACUUCUUUAGUGCCAUCCUGACGGGCCAUAAGAACGAGAAGAUCGAGGCGGUUCUGUCUAAGUCCAACUACGGCAUGGCCCGGGUGGACUCCGGAGGCUACCAGCCCGAGGGCCUGGAGAACAACCCCGUGGCGGAAGCCAAAACCCCUCCGGGGUCUCUGGCUGUCUUCAACAUCAUCUUGCCUCUGCAGACUCGGGACACGGUCUGCAUCGACCUGGUGAUGGGCAAACUGGCCCACUCUGUGGAGCCCCUCACCCUCUUCAACGGCAUGCUGCUGUACGAAGACCUGUGAACCCUGAACAACAGCGUUUAGGAUCCACAACGGAAGUCUGGCGGGUUCAGUCCUCAACAGACUUCUGACUCCAUAUGCUAACAGACCCCAGAUUGACAGAUAUCCGUUGGACUGGUUAUAUUUUAUUAUUCUAAAGAGUGUUUAUUCACACGUUGAACGACAGCAGGGGUCGAUUUACCGUCUGCUUUAAUCCAGUCAGCUGAUCUGAUGUGGUCACAUGGUCUACCCUCUCUGUGAGGACAGAUGUGGACCAGGAUCAGCUGAGGCCCGGCAGACCUGCUUCCUCUUGCAGCUUUUUGGACACAUAGGGAAUCUGUUAUUGAUCAUCUGACUGGUCAAUGUUGAGAUAUGUGGACCCCGGUGUUCAUUGACCCCCCCAGGUGACAAUGUGACCACAUGUGAUGAGAAGGUCUUUGCUCUGAAGCUUUAUAGAAGCAGAAUGUGUUCUCAGUUUGACUUUAUGAUGACUUCACAUUGUGAAUGUUUUAUAUGAAGCUGUUUUUAUGUCCUGCCGAGUAUUUAACGACUACCACGUCAUUUCACUUUGAUGGACACGUCCCACUGAAGGUCCAGCUCACAAGACAUAAUCAGAUCAUGUACGUAAGUCAAGUGGUAAAUCAUUAUUUAAGUAAAUAUAUGGAAGUUUUAUCAACAAAAUGUAGUUAAAGUAUAAAAACGUUUUUUCAGGCUUUAAUAUAAAUUCAAUUCUUGUUAGUGGAUACGUUCAUGUAUGGAUUACUGAACAGGGUCCCUCCUGACCUUCAGACACAACAUAAAGAUACUCCAUGAAGGUCUGUGGGUCGUCUUCAGGGCUUCAGGGCUUCAGGGCUCUGGUCCAGACGGGUCAGAGCCCUGAAGACGACCCACAGACCUUCAUGGUGUUCCUCCAUGAAGGUCUGUGGGUCGUCUUCAGGGCUUCAGGGCUUCAGGGCUCUGGUCCAGACGGGUCAGAGCCCUGAAGACGACCCACAGACCUUCAUGGUGUUCCUCCAUGAAGGUCUGUGGGUCGUCUUCAGGGCUUCAGGGCUCUGGUCCAGACGGGUCAGAGCCCUGAAGACGACCCACAGACCUUCAUGGUGUUCCUCCAUGAAGGUCUGUGGGUCGUCUUCAGGGCUUCAGGGCUUCAGGGCUUCAGGGCUCUGGUCCAGACGGGUCAGAGCCCUGAAGAUGAUGAAUGAACUUCACUGUCAUUAAAGGAAACAAAGUCAUCAAACCCGGCAGGUUGAACAACAGCCCAUGAUGUGUUUUUAUAAUAAUCGUCACUUUUGAAUCGCCUGUUAUAUUUAUUAUAUUUGUCUCCUUUUCUUCAAUAAUAUUCAUCAGAUAAAAACAGUAUUAUUAAUAUUAAUUCAUAUUAUUACCUGUGCGAAGGAGCUCAUGUUCAUGGAUUGUUUGUCUGUGGAAUGACAAACAAUCGACUGUCAUGUGACUUGGUGGGAGAGCGUGGAUUGGUUAUGGAGGAAUCAGACCUGAAUUAUGAAUUAGGUUUCACUUUUGUUGGCAUUGUGCGUUUGGGCCUUUUAGUAAACAUGUGAAACACUUUUGUCCCUAAAAUAAAGAAGAAUAAAAGAUUCAAACUUCCAUCUGGUGGAUGUCCCCAUAGUGUUCAAUACUAGUGACAUUAUAUUACUUUUCAUGAUAUAUAAUAUUAUGUUUAUUACUUUUCAGUGAAAUGAGUGAAGUCAUAAAAAGUAAAAAAAAAAAGUAAUAUUUUAGAAUUACAUAAAAGUGAAAAAAGUUCAAUUAUAAUGUGUCACGAAAAGUAAAAUGACUUAUACUUACUUAUAUAACUGUGUUACUCUUCAUGACUAAUUAUGGUAAAUGGACCUGUACUGGGGUUAAGGACACCGAGCCGGGGACCCAACUGACCAUAUAUUACCACUUUUUUUAAAGUUACUUUUCAAGACUUAUAUAAUUGCUUUUUUUUUAACUUUUCAUGACAGAUUAAAAUAUGA